GUUAUCCCCCCCCGCCCCGGUGCCCCAGCGUGUGCGAGCCGGCGUGAGGCUCUGCAGAGAGGAAACGUACGGGAACGGGGGCUCGUCCAACCGUCGGGGGGGGCCCUGCGAGGCGCGGCGCGAGGUGACUGAGCUACAGGUGGUUACGGGAGAGGACGGGCAGAGAGGUUGUGCGCUGAGGAAGAGAGGAGCAGCAAAUAAAAACGCUCGGGAAGAAGGAGGAGGAACCACAAAACAAACGUGUUACGGUGAGAGUGCUGGCUGAAGUACUUGUGAAAAUUGCUCACCUGCAGGAAACAUGAAGUCACAGCACGUCGCAGUGCCCACAGUAACUGCCCUUCUAUUCUUGCUAUCGAUCCAGUCUUCAACAGGCUGCAAUAAGGCGCUCUGUGCUAGCGAUGUCAGUAAAUGUCUGAUACAGGAGCUGUGCCAGUGCCGCCCUGGGGAAGGGAACUGUUCCUGCUGUAAGGAGUGCAUGCUCUGUCUAGGCACACUUUGGGAUGAGUGCUGUGACUGUGUUGGUAUGUGCAAUCCUCGCAAUUACAGUGAUACACCUCCAACAUCCAAGAGCACUGUAGAGGAGUUGCAUGAACCAAUUCCUUCACUUUUCCGGGCACUCACAGAAGGGGAUACUCAGCUGAACUGGAAUAUUGUUUCCUUCCCUGUAGCAGAGGAACUGUCACAUCAUGAGAACCUAGUUUCCUUUUUAGAAACAGUGAACCAGCCACAGCAUCAGAAUGUCUCUGUUCCAAGCAACAAUGUCCAUGCACCUUACUCUAGUGACAAAGAACACAUGUGUACUGUGGUGUAUUUUGAUGACUGCAUGUCAAUACAUCAGUGCAAGAUCUCUUGCGAGUCCAUGGGAGCAUCCAAAUACCGAUGGUUUCACAACGCCUGCUGUGAGUGCAUCGGGCCAGAAUGCAUCGACUAUGGCAGUAAAACUGUAAAAUGCAUGAACUGCAUGUUUUGAAGCAGAAAAUUCUAACAUAGUAAUAUGGAGGCCAAAGUAAUCUCUCUCAGUUAAAGAGAUGGGGGAUUGGAAAUAUUGCAUUCUAGUGGAAUACCUACUGGUUGCAAUUAAAUGUAGCUGGUUUGAGAAGAGAUGUAUAAAAUUUGAAAUCUUUUUUUUCUUUUUUAGUUCAUGUAAGCAAGGCUAAGUAGUAGAAUUUCAACCACAAUAUUUUAUUUUUCUUUAUUUCUGCUCAAAUGGUACAGUCAUGCUCAUACUUGCUGUUCUGAUUGUUUUGCUUUGAUUUGAAUGUAUUGACUAUACUGUAUCUAGUAGUUUAGAGUAGGGACACCUUAGUAAUAUGAUAACAAGAUUCCCAUCUUCUAAGUUUGACAAAUAAUCAAGUGGAUACUGGUUUUGGGGGAGGUUGGUUUCAGGGAGUGAGAGGAGGGUGGGGUUUUUUUUUGUUGUUGUUUUUUCACUUUAUUACCUUCCAGUUUUUGAACUUAGCCUUCUGUUGUGAAAAGAAUAUUUGGGAAGAAAAGAAAAACUAUUUUUUUAAAUUCAUUCUUUCUCUUCAAGUUUAAAACAUGGGCUGUCAUGGAUCAAAUCCUAACUUCUUAGAAGGGCAGCCCAACAAAACACUAUAUAUGGAACACUUUCCUUUCAGGUUUCAUCUGCCCCAUUCUCGUAAGUACAUUUAAUGCAAGUAUUGCAUUAAAAAAAUAUAUAUAUUUUCAGUCUGGUCUUACAUAUCAAAAUAAAGCUGUUAAGUGCAGUUGCAUCCCCCUCCUUUCGCACUUUGCCUGGAGUUUCUUAAUCCCUGAACAUUCAGUCCAGUAAAGGAAACAUGAAAGGUUAUUGUGAAGUAAUAGACUAAACACAUAAAGAAUGAAACUACAUGAACUAGCAAGUACCACAGGGUUAUCAGUUGAGCAGCUGGUAGCAGGCCCAUAUCAUAUUUGUUAGUUGAAUGUUUGUUCCAAAACCUACUUUUUUCCCCCCCAUGAGAAGUUGUCAAUGACAAAGGGAAGAUCUAUCUUCAAAGGCAAAACCAGGAUGUUCUGAGUACACAGCGCUCUGUCCAUUUUUCUAAGUAAAGUUUUAAUAUGCUAGCUGUUACAGGGUAGUUAUUAUGACCCCACUAGGUCUCCACUGAUAAUGGUACUAAAUAUAAGAAUGAAGUAUGGUAGUUAAUGAUCAGCUUUGAUAUUUAUAAUGAUGUUGGUUUUAGCUCCUUAUUUUUUAUACAUAUUUGUACAUGUAUGAAAAUUGUUGAUUAUUCCCAGUAUUUUCUCACUAGCCUCAGUCUAGGCAGAUCAAACUCUUUGCAUGAACCUAUCUAUACCAGGUGCAAAUGAAAGCAGUCGUUUUAAACUUAUUUUAUUUGAAAAGGUUUCCUGUUUUUUUUCCAUUCUCUUGAUACAGCACUCUGAAUAAGAUGAAAUGAAAAUAUCCUACUUUUGUGAAGUAAUGUUACUUUUUUCAGUCUCUCUUUCACCUGUACACAAGUACUUGAAAGAUAAUUUUGUUUAUUGUUCUGAACUAGUGGCUGACAAAAUAUAUAUAGUCCUACUUUAAACUUGGAAUUAAGUGGGAAAAAAGCAUAGAUAUUAAUAGAAAAACCUGCUUAAUGAAGGAGUUGUUCUUCCCCUGUUUGACAAUAUCUUAUGUUGUCUUUUAUUCUAAAUGAAUUUGUUUAAAAUGAAUGGAGAAAAAAGAGUAUGUAAGAGUACCUUUGACUACUUGCUUUUAGCUGGAGGAUAAUGCAUCAUUCUUGAUCCAAAUAGAAGCAUACAGUAAGCAUGCCUACAGAUUAUACAUAAGAUUUUGCAAUGUUAGACUACUUGAAACAACAAAAAUAAAAUUAUAGUUCAAAAUCUUCUUGGGGAAAAAAACAGGGCUAAUGUUUUUGGAUAGGAGCCUGCUGCCAUGGAUCUGUGACACUAUAUUCAUUUACAUCAUUAUGAUUUCACUAUGAAGUCAAGUCAGAGGAAUAGCAUGGGUGGAUAACAGGAGGAUAGAAGAGACUCUCUUAACAAAUGUCCAGGAAAAAUUGUGGGAAACAGCUUCAGAAUUUGAUACAUCUGUGUAAUGGGCUGAAAGGAGGUAGUGAGGAUGUAAGCUCUCUGAGGCUUGCCUUAUUUUUGUAAUUCUUGAUGCUGUCUAGAAUUUGCUGUACAUGUUGGAUGUUUGCGAAUGUCAUACAGCAACAUCAAAUGUAUUUUAUUAUUUGUGGUUUAAGAGGUAUUUUAAUAAAAAGACAUUACUGGUC